AUGGACAUUAGGAUCGUCAAAUUACGAGAACUCGUCUCAUCAGAUGCCAACUAUGCAGCUCAGUUCUACUUGGAAUGCGUGUGUCAUGCCGAUGAGACAGAGCGAAUACUAAACAGGACCUCAUCACGGGACAAGAAACGGAAGAAACAAAAGGCGAUUCGUGAUACCUUAUCUUCGCAUAGCCUUCCUACCGUAGCAUCAGUGCCAAGCACAUCAGGCCUAAUGGAAACGAUUCUUCCUACUCGUUCCAUAGUCAAUCCUAAUGAACCGCGAUGGUGGGAACAAUUUUCGAGUCUACGAAAAAGCGACGACCACCUCAGCGCGAGUUCUGAAGUUCGGCACCUUUGGAAAAGCCAGACCGACAUGUCCUUAUCAUGUUUGGGAUUCAUUGUCGGUAUCGGGAACAUGAUGCGAUUUCCAGGAAAAGUCUGCGAAUAUGGAGGUAAUCCUUUUCGGAAAAUUUAG